AUGAAGGGUCUAUCCUCAAUGAUAAAUAGAAAGAAGUGCAACGGUAACUCGAGCUCAAUAGAGACCGAAGGCGGCUUCGGCGCCGCUGAAUGCAACUCGAUAGAGUUGGAGGAGCAAGGCAAAAAAACUGAUUUUGAUCUUGCCCAUCUUGAGUAUGGKCAGGGCCCAGCAGCAUUAAGCGAGAAUGAUGAAGUAACGCCAAAUAUUCUCGACGCUGCGCAGGAUGCUAAGGAGGCAGACGAUAGUGAAAGAGAGAUGCCGCUCAUGACAGCUUUGAAAACGUAUCCCAAAGCAGCGGCUUGGUCGUUGUUGGUUUCCACAACGCUGAUCCAGGAAGGUUAUGACACCGCCAUCCUCGGCUCUUUCUAUGCCCUACCCGUCUUUCAGAAGAAGUACGGCUCUCUAAAUGCCCGUACAGGAGAAUGGGAGAUUUCGGUAUCUUGGCAGAUUGGGCUGUGUUUAUGCUACAUGGCAGGAGAGAUCGUGGGUUUACAGUUGACAGGUCCCUCGGUGGAUUUGAUGGGUAACCGCUACACAUUGAUUAUGGCGUUGAUGUUCUUAACUGCYUUCAUUUUUAUUCUGUAUUUCUGUAAAAGUUUAGGGAUGAUCGCUGCGGGACAGGCAUUGUGCGGUAUGCCAUGGGGUUGUUUCCAAUGUCUGACUGUGUCUUAUGCCUCUGAAAUCUGUCCUAUGGCGCUGAGGUACUACCUGACGACAUAUUCGAAUCUGUGCUGGUUGUUUGGUCAGCUUUUUGCUGCAGGCAUCAUGAAAAAUUCCCAAAACAAAUACGCAGACUCGGACUUAGGAUAUACGCUACCUUUUGCUUUACAGUGGAUCUGGCCUGUUCCUCUAGCAAUAGCGAUAUUCUUUGCACCUGAAUCCCCAUGGUGGUUAGUCAAGAAAGGAAGACUAGAGCAGGCAAAGAGGUCGCUCGAAAGAACACUAAGCGGUAARGGAGCCGAGAAAGAAUCACUGGUGGCCAUGGAACUGGAUAAAAUCAAAAUGACUAUAGAGAAGGAGAAGAAGCUGUCAGACGAUGAAGGCUCCUAUUUGGAUUGUCUGAGGGGCAAGGUUAAUCGGAGGAGAACGAGAAUAGCCUGUCUGUGCUGGGCCGGUCAAACUGUUUGUGGUGCGUCACUAAUAGGUUACUCAACUUACUUCUACGAGAAAGCCGGUGUUAGCACGGAAACAGCAUUCACUUUUAGUAUCAUUCAAUACUGUCUCGGUAUUGCUGCAACAUUUUUAUCCUGGUGGGCCUCAAAAUAUUAUGGUAGAUAUGACCUUUACGCUUGUGGACUGGCCUUCCAGACCGUUAUACUGUUCAUUAUAGGCGGUUUGGGAUGCUCCGACACUCACGGUGCCAAAAUGGGAAGUGGCGCUCUUCUAAUGGUCGUUGCGUUCUCAUACAACCUGGGGAUUGCCCCUGUCGUUUUUUGCUUAGUCUCUGAAAUACCAUCGUCGAGGCUGAGRACUAAAUCGAUCAUUUUAGCUCGUAAUGCGUACAACAUAGGAAAUAUCGUAGUYGCUGUUUUGAUUUUGUACCAACUGAACUCUGAGAAAUGGAACUGGGGUGCCAAGUCAGGCUUUUUCUGGGGAGGAUUCUGCCUGGCUGUUUUAAUUUGGGCUGUCUUUGAUCUGCCCGAAACCGCAGGUAGAACCUUUAUUGAAAUAAAUGAACUAUUUAGACUUGGAGUUCCAGCAAGAAAAUUCAAGUCAACAAAAGUGGACCCAUUUGCCGCCGCCAAAGCAAUCUCUGAUGAAAUCAACCAUAAAGAUCCCAAGGAAGAUAUGAAAGCUUCCGCCGAGGAGAGAGAGCAAAGCACCCCAUCUCUAAUGGAUUGA